UUGGUGCGAUCCCGAUAUCAUCGCUGGAUGCGAGCGUGAAGUGGCAGAGGCUGAAAAUGGUGCUUCUGAAACAACUAAAAGUGAAUGCAUAAUGCGCUUAUCUUGGGCUCUUGUUCAUUCAAAGCGUCCAGAAGAUCGCCAGCGUGGUAUAGCAAUGCUAGAUGCUUCUUUAGGGCUCACUAGUGGUCCACAACAAAAGAGGGAAAAGCUUUAUCUUUUAGGUGUUGGAUACUACAGAAGUGGGGAUUAUGCUAGAAGCAGAGAGAUAGUGGAUAGCUGUUUGGCGAUUGAACCUGAUUGGAGGCAGGCAUUGACCCUGAAGAAGGCAAUUGAAGAUAAAAUCACUAAAGAUGGAGUGAUUGGCAUUGGCAUUGCUGCCACUGUUGCUGGGCUGGUUGUGGGGGGGAUUGCGGCUGCGUUGUCCCGUAAGAAGUGACUGAUGAUCGUGUGAACUGCUGCUGCCUGUGCAUAACAAAUGCAAACCUUUUCGCAGUCCCUCUUUUAGAGUCCUAUGACUCUCUCCGUGAGAGUACUAUGUUUGAGAGCAUUUCUUUUCUUCCUCCCUGAUAGGCUGGUAGUACUACUGAAUCUUCAAAAAUAGUUAGUUGCUUUUUUAUGGCUUGUUUGGUGUAUAAUAACUGCUUAUAUAGUGAGUUGCUGGGAACUAAUUAGGGGUCAAUCGUGAUCAGGUAGGGCUUUCAGCGGGAAAGAGACCUAGGUACGCACUAAAGCACCCUAGGAGAACUUGUUCAGAGGGACUUUUCAUGCUAGGUGGAGAAUUUAGGAUGUUUUUACUUUGGACAGUUUUUAGUCCCAGAUCAGGCCAGACCAGACUGGACAAUUAUAAAAUACAUAGAGAUCAAACCGGGUCAAUUCAGUUCUGACAAGACAUAAAGAGAUGUGUAAAUACUAAACC